UUCAGGGUGGCAGCAGUAGCUUCAUUAUGUGUCAGGCUGCAUCACACCACCCUGUCGUGGAUUAUUUUCCUUUAAUAGCUCGCCCUGAUGCCUUUUAUUCCUUACAUGCUGCGUUGCUGAUUCAUGGCCCACAAUAAAAGAUUAAAUAAUUAUCGUUACAUGGAUAGAAGUGAGAAUAAGUCCACUAUUGACUACGUUCUCUGAAUCAUCUCCUCAGGUUAACGCCAUGUGUUAGCGGAGAUCCUAUUCGGUCUGUCCCUUUGAGGUCACCAUGGCAUCAGAGAGGACCUCGGAGGACCCAGUGGUGGAGCGCGGUUCUCUCCCGCUGGACAUUGAUGACGUCCAUGUACUGCUACAAGUGGAGCAGGAACAGAUUCAGAAGAGAACCUUCACCAACUGGGUAAAUGCACAGUUAUCAAAGAGGAGGCCUCCAGUGGCCGUGCUGGACCUGUUUAGCGAUUUCAGAGAUGGAUCCAGACUACUGGACCUGCUGGAGGUGAUGUGCAGCCAGAGGAUGAGCCGAGAGAAAGGCAGAGGCGUGUUCCAGCACAGGACGAACAUCGAGAAAGCCCUGGCCUUCCUCAGGGGGAAAUCGAUCAAACUGGUCAACAUAAAUGUUCCUGACAUCAUGGACGGCAAACCCUCCAUCAUCCUGGGGCUGAUCUGGACCAUCAUCAUGCACUUCCAUAUAGAGGAGCUGGCGAGCACGCUGUCCUUCAGUUCUCGCCAGUCGUCUCUGGAGUCGUUGACCAGUCUGGACACGCGUUCGACGAGCAGCAGUGCACGUGGUAGCCCGGUGCCACCUCGCGGGUCACCGCUGCACACCCGCUUCAGGAUCUCCGCUAAAAAAGCUCUGCUGCUCUGGGUCAGAGAGCAGUGCCACAAGGCCGGCUGUACUCUGAACGUGAAGGACUUUAAGGCGAGUUGGAGGAGCGGCGUGGUGUUCUUGGCCAUCCUCUGCGCUCUGAGGCCGGAUGUGGUGAGCUUAUCCAAGGCUAGAACCAGAAGCAACCGACAGAACCUGGAGGAGGCGUUCCAGAUCGCUGAGAGAGAGUUACAUAUACCCCGCUUACUGGAUCCAGCAGAUGUCGAUGUGAGAGACCCAGAUGAGAAGUCCAUAAUGACGUAUGUGGCUCAGUUUCUCCAAUACUCCAAAGAAACGCCUGCUUCCGAAGAGGACAUGCAGGUUCAAUAUCUCGCUCCGACUACGCCUGUGAACCUGCCCUGUAACUUCACUCCUGCCGUUGCAGCCUCUCCACUCCGACAGACCUCGCCUACUCAGAAAGUCCAGGAGGUGACAUGUUGGCUGGAGCAGGCCUAUCAGGAGCUGCUGGAGGGAUGGGAGUCCACCGAGGGUGAGAGCUACGCUGAGAGAUACCACGUGUUCCAGACUUUUGUGGUGUCCUUUAACGAGCAGCGCCGGCCCGUGAUGCCGCUGCUGACUGCGAUGAAGAGGACUGUGAAGCUGAGCGACGAGCAGCGAGCUCUCCGACGCACCUGGGAUUCCUUGGCUGAAAAGCUGCGCGAGUAUAAGACAGUGCUAGACCUGAGUCUGCCCACUCCUCUGGACGCGGUGGGCCGCUGGUUACUGAGGGCCGAGGAGGCCUUGGCAGAUGGUGAUGAUGAUCGUCAGGACCAUGCGCGAGCUGCUCAGGAGGCCCGCGAGAAACACGAGCUGUUUAAGUCAUGUCUAGAGGAGAUGCCUCAUCACAUGAAGACUUUCCAGAUAUUCCAGAAUAUGGAUGAGUACGGAGAAAUGGUGGUUCCUACUGACAAACUGGAGGAGAUAAAGCGAAGGUUCACUAGUGUGCGUGUCAGCGCUAAGUAUCAUGGCAUUAGACUGGAGUACCAGGAGCACAGACACACAGUGCUAGAUCUGCUGGCUCAGCUUACCCUCAAGCUACGCACUUGGAAAAGAGGCUACAUUUCCCAGGAGGCUGUGCGGGUCCUGAUGAAGGACUGGAAUGAGACCGUCAACAAGCAGGAAUUGACUUCUAAGCUGGAAGGAACUCUUUGCAAGCUCAGACACAUUGCUAACAAAUACACCAGCAAGUCUGCUCUGGCGGGUGACUCAAACCGUGUCAGUACUCAGAUGAAGGAAUCGGAGGCCGAGACUGCGGCGAUACUCGAGGAGGUGAAGAUGGUAAAAGGCACUAUAUCGCGCACGCUGACCGCAUGGGAGUCCUACUGCGACACUUACAGCUCGCUACACGCCUGGCUGGAGCAGGGAACUCAGACGAACAGACACGGACAGCGAGCUGAAGUGACGAUAGAGAUGAUGUCCGAGUGGAGCUCUUGCAGGGAGCGUCUGAACGAAGUCGGAAGCUAUCUGAAGGACGUCACAGAUCCACAGACCAGUCGCUCGGUUUCUGACGAUCUCUGCAGGAUUAACCUGAUGUGGGCUGACUUUGUCAGAAGAGCCCAGUUUGAACUCGUUGAAGAGCAGAGUGUAACUCCACCGAGUCCUCAGACUCUCCAGGGUUUGAUUAGAGAGGCCACACAGCUUCUGACAGAACCAGUGGAGGUGGUAUCAGGAUCACUUCAAACGUACAGGAAGAGACUGCAGUUUGUGAUGAAGAAAAUACAGGAUGUCGAUCUGGAUUCUCUCUCUCCAACACUUGAGUGCUCAGCUGAAACGCUAAAUAAACUCAAGCAGGCCGUUCCAGAGGUGCUGGAGACACUCGGCAAGGCCGUGCAAGUGUGUGAAGAAUUGCAAGAGAGCGUUUCGGGCCUGGAUGGUCGUCUGGCCGAACUUAUACACUGGGAGACUGAAGUCAGAGAGUUUUAUGACCUCCUAAAGGAAAAAUCACACCGACACCAAAGGGGGCAGGACUCUAGGACCCGGUCACUGAUUUCUAGAGGUCUGCAGCUAGAAGGCCAGGUGGUGAUGGAGGAGCAAGACCUUCAGGAGAUGGUGAUGUCACGUCAGAAGAACUCACCUCUGCAGUACCUCAUUGCCUCUACCAUGCAGGACAGAGUCCGUGCCACUGUCGCACAAUCACAGGAAGCCGUUGGGAUGCUCAGCUCCUUGGGCGCUCGCAGAGAGCGAAGCCCUACAGGACAUCAGCCUCCACAAAAGGUCUUUGUCCAGGAACGAGAGGUUUCGAAACCCGGAACGCAACCUCAGCCAGUGCCUAUGAUUGUUGUGCAGGAAUACCAAUUGGAGAAGAGUCAAAUCCAAGCAGUAGCAGAACCACGGUUAAAGAACGAAUCGGUAGAAGACCGUCCACCCCAGAGUAAACCUGAAGAACGUGCACAACCACAGGUUCUACCUGAAGUCGAGCCACAGGGUGAUCUGGUAGGUGUUGUGGCACUGGGGGAACCGAAGAGACAAAAAAGAGGUGACGAUAAAGAAACCAUGGAAUCUCAGCCACAUCAUCUGGAUACGAAACAAACACCAGAGCAAAUUCAGCAAACACCCACAAGGCAACAACCUCUGUCUGUGCAACAGGAACCAACACAACUACAUUUGCAAUUAGACACUCAGCAACAAACUCAGCAGCAGGUGCAAAUACAGAAACAAGGUACAAGCCAACAGCAAACCUUAUUUCAACAGUCAGUAAAGGUAAGGAAAUCUCAGAAACGUGCAGAGAAUAGGCCUUGGCUACAACAGAAUGCCCAAGCAGACGUUUUGGCCUCUGGACAAUCGGGUAAAGUAAGUUCAGAAGUACCGACACAGCCAAAGGUUAUUGCCACUGCUGUGUCUCAACCUCCGGUGUCUACAUCAGACACACUCCAGGCACAAGCCAGAGUGACUUGGAUGGAGCAACAGCAGCCUAUCACUGUUACUGCCACUGUUGUAUCUCAAACUCAGGUUUCUACAACAGACACAAACCAAGCCGAGAGGGUUACACAGACACAUGCCAAAGUGAUUCAGGCCCAGCAACAACAGCCUACGACGUUCACUGCAAAUGCUGCAUCUAAACCUACGGUAUCUGCACUGGACCCAGUCCAGUCUGAACCAAAGAGUGUCGUACAGACACAAUUCCAAGUGAUUCAAGUACAGCAAAAGCAGUCUGUCUUGCAAGCCAAAAUGGGUCAUACCCAACAAGUGAUAGAAACCAAAGUGGGCCAAGUCCAACAACAGCAGCCUGUAACGCACGUUAAUUUGGGUAAAGUACACCAACAAGCCCCUCUCUCCCAAAUAUCAGCAAAAGAACAAGUAGGAGCUAUGGUGCCAGUUACUUCACAAAAACAACCUCAGGCUCCGACUGUCCAACAACAUCCACGACCAUUUACAGCCACCACAAUUACUCAGCCACCAACAAAGCAAUCAGAGAUGCAGCCACCAGUCAUGACUCAAAUGCAGCCACCAGUCAUGACUCAAAUGCAACGACCAGUUAUGGCUCAGGCUCAACCCCCAAUUAUGUCUCAAACUUCUCAAUAUCUGCCAGCUAUGCAGGAAGAAAGUCAACCCAUGAGACAUCCCCCAACACCACUCUAUGCUCAAAUAAUAACUCAAAGGCAGCCACACCCAGUUGCAGCCCAGUCUCCACCCCAGCAAGCAGUAUCUCCCAAUCAAUCUCAAGGUGUUUCAAUAACACCAGCCCAGCCCAAAAGUACAGCUCCUAUCCAACCACGAAUAAUCACCAUGCCCCAGAAUCAACCACAAUUCUAUAAAUCACCUCAAUCCCCACCUCAGGUUAUGGGCAUGGGUCAAACUCAUGACAACAUUCAGCUAAGACCACAACCCCACAUCCAGCAGCCUCAGUGGAGACCAGUCAUGCCUGACAUAACGACACAAGGUUAUCAUGAGACCCUCCACCAGGGUUUCAUGCCAUACCAUAUGUCACCCCAGGUGCAGUUUCAGAGCCAGAGCCAUCCACGUUCACAAGGUGUCACCCAAACCCAGCCUCAGCAAUGGGCGCCAUUAGGAGGAGGUCUGGUGACACAGAAUUACCCCAAUGUCCAGGGUUCAUAUCAUGUUCAGUCUUAUGCCCAGUCUCAGGGUUACCCCAGUCCCCAGCCACAGAGUCAGCAGUGGGGCCAAUUUAGAUCUGAACCAACAGUGCAGCCUUAUUCACAAAUAAGCCCUCAAAGCCCAGUUCAGUCAUUUGUACCAUCACAGCACUGGCAACCAGUAAGACAAUCUGACAUGGUCAGACACAGUUACCCGCAGCUGCAGAUGUCUGAAUACCCACAAGUCCAACAUCAAGUCACUCCAAGACCGCAGAGCCCUCCUCAGCAAUGGCUUACGCAACCAGAACCACAAUCCAAAGUUACAUUUCUGAAAAUGGUUUCUCAACCAACCAACACACAUUGGGUCCAACCACCAUCCCAAGCCCCAGUAAGCCCUCAAGGUCCUGCUCCACAGCAGCCCCAAACUCAACAGCAGCAGUGGCCACAAAACAGGCCCGAGGUUCGAUUUCAAGUUCAGAUUCAGAGCCAGACUUUGCAGUCACAGUCUCAGUUCCAAGUUUUGCAAAAGCCACAGUCGCCAGAACAGGAGCAACCCCAACAGCAGUCAGUUGCUCAGGUCAAACCUUCAGCGCUUGCUCCAGUAAGACCCCAAGGUCCUGCUCAACAGCAGCCCCCAACUCAACAGCAACAAUGGCCACAAGACAGGACUGAGGCCCCAUUUCAAGUUCCGAUUCAGAGCCAGAUUCAGAGUUCAGUUCUUCAGACGCAGCCUCAAUUCCAGGUUUUACAAACGCCACAGUCACCAGAACAGGAGCAACCCCGACAGCAGUCACUUGCUCAAGUCAAACCGCCAGCUCUGGCUCUUGUCAUACCUGAAGGUUCUGCUUCACAACAACCACAAACUCAACAGCAGCAGUGGCCACAAAAAAGAUCUGAGGCUCCAUUUCAAGUUCAGAUUCAGAGCCAAACUCCUCAUACACAGCCUCAGGUAGAGGUUUUAGAAAAGCCACAGUCCCCGGUGCAGGAGCAACUCCAACAGAACUUAGUUGCUCAGCUCAAACCUCCAGCUCAGGCCCAGGAUCCUUCCCUGGCGAGGAAAAAGUUUGAGGAUGCCAAGCACUGCCUUCAAGAGCGCAUUCUAGAGACUAUCAACAUAUUAAAGAGCAAGAAGAUAACUCAGGAGCAGGUGCUUUUCAAAGAAGAAUCUCUGGAUCUUGGACUCCUGAAAGAAUUCCUGAUGGCUGUACAAGGAAUGGAGGCUUUCUGCACCCCAUCUCAGCUUCGAGACAUGGAGCUCCUUACCCAGUCUGUCAGAACUCAGUGGGAGGCCUGCUUCUCUGAGAACAUUCUCGUUCCGGCUGAACAGCAGCUGGACGCCCUAAAGCAGCUGUGUGAGACGUUGAGUCCAGAAGAUGCCAACAGGCUGGCACAGGCUCAGCUCCAGGAAUGUGAGACGACACUCGCUGCCAUCCAGCAUCAGUCCAGUGGAGAUGGUGAAAUGACACCAACAGACUCUGGUGUGCUUGUAGAGCAGGCAAAAGAGACAUCACUACAGAAAACUGCCCAUCCAGAGAAACCUGUGGAAAUCACUACAGAGACCUCCCCUGUCACAGCUCACCGGCCAAAAACCGUGGAGAAGAAAGAGAUACUAAAGCAGAUAAGCACGGAGGAGGACAGGUACAGAAGUUCAAGGUUCGCCCUGCAAGCUCAGCUGAAUAGGAACGAGCAGAACAUGCUGGGAGAUCGUCCCUCUGGGUCAGCCACGGCCACAGACCUGCAAAAGAGGCUCCGAGAGCUAAAGGCUUUGCAGGACGAGACGGAGUCUUUAUGGUCGGAGUACGAGGUGCAGUGCUCACAGUGUUCUCAGAUCAACGAGAGAUCGGUGGAGCAAGACCGAGCCGAGCUCACGGUCAAGUGGAAUGAGCAGAGAGCGCAGCUACAGAGGAGGGUCGAUUCUCUCGGCUCGGCUCUGGAGCUCAUGGAUUCCGUCGAGCGCCGCGUUGCAGAGAUUUCCGAGCGUCUCGACAAGUUCAUCAAGGCACCCAAAGAUGUUCAAGCAUACACGCUGAUCGAUGCAAACAUCCUGAAAGAUGUUAAGGACUUGGAUGAGGGCAUCCAAACGCAGAUGGACCACCUCUCUCGGUUUGACUCGGAACCGAGCCACCUGGACCUGCGUGACCGCUCUCCUCUCACCCAGCUGGUAAUGAAGCACCGAUCCAGCCUGGAUCGGCUCCGGCAGCAAGUCCGCAAGAGCGGGGCGGCAGCUCGCGCCCUGGACCGCUUCCUCGUCUCACUGCGCACUUUGGAUCAGGAUGUCUUGUUUGCGCAGAGCGCCCCCUGCGCCGACGUGACUGCGCUGCAAGACAGCAGGUCCAAGCUAGCUCUGAUCAGGAAGGGAGCAGCAAGCCUGAGCGAUAAAGCACCACAGUUGGAUCAGCUCCUUGGCGGAGCCAAGAUGGCGGUGACCCAAGAGGGAAGCUCUGUGACGUGUCUGGAUAUGGUGGAGGUGCUGGUGCGGAAGGUGGAAGACGCCGACGACAAGCUCGUUAUCAGACAGGAAGAGCUUCAGAAAGAGCAGCAGAGCAAGGGACUCGGGAUGAGGAAGAAGACUCUGCUGGCGGAGCUGAGGAAGGUGAAGGGGAUGGCAGAGAAGCAGGGGCUCAAGGAACCCACCAUGCCGUCUGUGCAGCACAGGAUUCGCGCCUUGUCGGAUCUGGAGACGCAGAUGAGCUCGCUGCGUCCGGAGUACGAGAGUAUCAGAGAAACCAGUUCAAAGCUUUCUACAGACACAGAGCAGCGUGAUGAGGUGGAGUCCGUUUGGGAAGAGACCGAGAGAGCCGUUGCUGAAAGGCAAGAGCAGUGCAGCACUCUAAUGGAACUGCUGAAGAAGUUUCAGAGCUGCCGUGCUUUCCUGGGCAACAUCCUCCAGAGGGCGGAGCAAACCAUCAGCGAGCAGGCGUCGUACAUGAGUAAAGACAACCUCCAACGCCUCAUAGCCAGGGUUUACGGGAUAAAGGAGGACCUGAAUGGCCUCGGACCUAAGAUCGAGGAGUUCAGGGCUGUGUGCAGGCAGCUGCAGUCUCAACUAAAGAAACUCCCAGACUGCUCAGAAACUCCAUUUGAAGCCGAGGCAGAUGCUCUGGUGGACUCCUGGCUGGAUGUCUCAGAGAAGACAGACAGCUAUGUGGACAGCCUGCGCCUGGGUUUGGAAGUGUGGGAGAAGCAGCUGAUGCUUGGUGAAGAGUUGGACGUUUGGGCUGCCGCUAAACUCGGUAUUUUCGCCGAGUCUCACCCGUUCAGCAGCGAGAAAGAGGUCUUCGAAAUGAAGGAUGAGAUCCAGAAUCAGGAACGGAGCAUCGAGCAGUUCGGCAGGAAGACGCUGGAGAUCCAGGAGCUGCUGCAGAGCAAAGAGGCUCCACUGGAGCUACAGGUCGUGGAGACUGUUCUGAAGAAGAAGAUGGAGCAGGUGAAGGAGCUUUUCGACAGCCGCACCGAAGUCUUCCGGGAGCUGCUGAGUGUCCGAGCACACCUCCUGCAGAGGAUUGACGCCUGUCAAACGUCCAUCCAGAGAAUACACUCCUCAGUGAGAAUGCUCUGUCCUGACAGCAAAGAUCUGCUGCAGCAGCAUCUACAGGAUCUUUCUGAUCAGUUGCUGGAUCAGGAAGAAGAGGCUGACUCUCUGAUGAAGGAAGUCGAGCUCAUGUCCAGUGUGACUGCUGCACCCGGGGCCCUUGAGGAACCGUCCAAUAAAAGCAAGCGCCUCAAAUAUAGCAUCGAGGUGACUCGGGAGCUCAUCGGUCAAAAGAAAGAACAGGGAGAGAAAAGCGUUCUCGUCCAGUCAAUUAAAGAUGAGUGCCAGAUGUUUGAGGACUGGCUACAGGAUGCGCAGCUUGCUGUCAACGAGUGCUUUGAGAACCCGGAGACGAGGGAGGAUGUGGAGGCGUCCAUGCAGAGGCUUCAAGAUUUCCUAGCUUCUGAAGAAGGUGAGCAGCAACUUGCCCAGGUGAAGAAGGCGUUGGAGAAGAGAGAUCAGGAGGAAGUCCCUGCCGAAACCCAGGCUGAACUUUGUGGCUGGCAGCAGGAGCAGGAGGCAGAGCUGACGGCCCUCCGAGCUCACAGCCAAGGACGCCACAAACAGCUGGAGGACAUCCUAAGCAAACUCAACAGCUUGCAAGCUGAGCAUGACCAUUUCCAAGAUUGGUUACGACGGAGAGAGAAGCUACCAGAGCAAAGGGAAAAGCUGAGACACCUCCAUGAGGAUUUUCUUAAAGAAAGUGGACGUGUUGAGGCGUUCAGUGACUUGCUAGCUUCUGUAAGAUUGAAAGGCUUAAGAGGAGACCCCUUGCUAAGAGACAGCGAGUCCCUGGUGGACCAGUACCACAGUCUUGGAAUUCGUUUGGAGAAUCAGUCUCAAAUCUAUAAAUCCUUGGAGAAGGCGGUAGAAAUGUUCCAUAUUGAGGAGGAAAACACCAGGACGUGGGUGAGAAACGUAAAACACGGCCUGGAAACAUUGGACAAAGACGAAGACAUUCCAACAGAGGAAAAGUUCCCGAAGAUUCAGGUUGUUUUAGACCUGCACGGCGAGGGCGACUCCAAGAUGGCCGCUUUGAAGAUGGAUGGCGAGAGCCUGUGUGCUCGUGAAGAGUUGGAGGAAAGCGUGCGGCAGGAAAUAAUCCGGACCCUGAGGAAUAUAGACGACGAAUGGAGAAGAGUUCUGGAUUCGGCGCAGCAGCUUAAGGCUCAGGCCGAGCUCCGGCGAACUCUUCUCAAGGAGCUAGAAGCUCUCCAAGAUGAUGUGACGAAUACCCGGUCAUGGGUGGAUGAACAAAUGCGAAAGUUGGACUUCCUGGACAAAGACACUUCGGUACAGGAAAGACACAAGCAGCUGCAGGAGGUCCUGAGUCUGAAACGUGAAGGCGAAUCAAAAAUGGCGACUUUAAGAAAAAAGGGAGAGAGCCUAUGUGCUCGUAAGGAGAGGAAGAGACACAGCAUUGAACAAAGACAGAGAGAGUUGGAGGAGGAGUGGGCAAGGGUUCUGCAAACUGCAUGGGAGAUGACGAACCAGAUUGAGCGUGAAGAUUCUCUCUCCAAGGAACUAAAGAGCUUCCAAGACCAGCUGGAAAGCACACAAGCUUGGAUUAGAAAGCUAAAAGUGACCCUGCAGUCCAUGGAUAAAGCCUCUCCAGCUGAGGAGAUAAUUACCCAGGCUCAGACUGUCUUGGUCCAUGGUCCAGAGGGUGACUCAAAACUUGCUGCUCUUAAGCAUACAGGUGAGUGUGUGUGUACUCGUGAAGGGCUUGAAGAAGACACUAGGCAGUCCAUCCAGCAAACUCAGCGAGCCUUAGAGCAAGACUGGAGAGAAGUGCUUGAUUUUGCUCAAAUCCUGAGGAACGAAGCGGAAAUCCAGGUCGCUCUUGAUAAGGAGCUUCAGGAUUUUAAUUCCCAAGAAGAAAUCUUUCGAACCUGGGUCAUGGAUCAUCAGAAGCUGUUUGAACCUCUGGACAAAGACGCUCCUCUACAGGAGAUGCUUGUUAUAUCACAGACCGUCUUGAACUUGCAGCCAGAGGCAGACUUGAAGAUGGCUGCUCUGAAGAGUAAAGGAGAGAAUCUGUCCACAAAGCUGGAUGAAAGCAGGAAGGAAUCGAUCCGGCAGAUCCUCACGGAUGUUCAGGAGAAACUGAGAACAUUGAUGGAAAUCGCCCAAGAGCACAGAAAUCAGGCCGAGCUCCAGGAUUCUCUCGCCAAGGAGCUUCAAGCUUUCCAGUCGGAGGAAAAGAUGAUACGGUCCUGGGUUGAAGAGUUAAAGCAAGACUUGGUUUCACUGGGCAGAAGCACUCAUGGCACCCAAGAGCAAAUAGAGGAACGGCUCAACACAGCUCAAGCUGUUCUGAGCCUUCGAACUGAAGGAAACUCCAAGAUGUCCUCCUUAAAAAGAAAAGCAGAGAGUCUGUGUGGUCAGGAAGAUCUUGAUGGACAAAUAAGACACGCUCUUGUGCAGAACCAGAAGUCCUUAGAAGAAGAAUGGAAAGGAGUUCUCCAGAAUGCCCAAGAGCUACACAGUCUCUUGAGGAGCGUAGUGGAGCGUCUGGUUUCGUGUCAGUGCCAGAGACAGCAGACCCAGUCUCGUGUGGAGCAACUGAUGCAACAGACGGCAGCGCUUCCUCGCCACUUCCCCUGGCCUGGAUUCGGGGACCGCAGGCAUGCAGUGGAGCAGGCUACGGCUCUUCUGGACAAGGCGAGGUCUCUGAGCCCUACCCUGUCCGCUCUCAGAGCCCUGGGCCGAGAGAUGAGCCAGCUCACACGGGACCCGAGCUGGACGGAUCCGUCUUGGCAAACCAUCGAGGAGUGCAUCCCGGGGUUAAUCAAGGAUUUAACGGAAUUGUGCGAGCGCCUAGAGGAGGGCAUUUGCAUAGAAAGAAACUGCGCUCAGCUGGUGGAGCAGCACAGUGCCGCACAGGACUGGCUGAGAGAGCAAAUCAAAGGUUUUGGAGACCUGCCCAGUGAUCGCCAUGGCUUACAGGGAUCUAUUAAUACUUUAAAGGCUCUUCUUCAGACGGUGGAGCGGGAGGAGAGAGAAAUGAGAGAGCUAGACGCGGCUAAGGACGCCCUGAUCAACUUGUGCACCCCAGGUGGUCGUGAUGCUCUGUCUUUAGAAACCGGCCACCUCCAUGACCUUUGUGCCGCCUCUGAGAGGGAAAUAAAGGAGAGGCUUGUUGUGUGUGAGACUAGAUUGGCUGACAUCGACUUGAAGAUAGCUGAAAGAGCAGAGAGACUCCGAGCACAGGCUGAGUGCAUUCUGAAUGAUCUCAGAGCACAUGAAUAUCUAGGAUUUGUAGAAGGAAGCAAGAAUAUUAGCCAACUACAGGAAAACUGGAAUAUCCUGAAGACCUGUGAGAAGGAGCUCGAGGCAAUAGAGGUCAAAGUUUGUGAUCUGGGCCAGGCCAUCCGCAUGGUUCCCCCUGACGAGGAUCUUCUUUCUAAUAUAAUUUCUCUUGUAGACACAGUGACCCAGCAGUACUACAGAUCGCAGUCCAAGCUGUCCGAACGACAGGACGUCUGUUCUGAUAGCGCUGUGCGGUGUUUGAGAGAUACACUGCAGGCCCUGCGUUCCUGGACCCAGUCAACACACACGCGACCUCCUUCCGACUCGGCUUACGCCGUUCAGGCGAUGAUAGAUGAAGGUGCAGUGCUGCAUAAGAACCUGCAGGUGGCAGUGUCACAUAAGCAGCUGCUCAGAGACUGUCUGGGUCAAGAGCUCGCCGACAGGCUGGAGAAAGACGGAUCGAAUGCGUUAAAGGAUGCAGAGACGCUCGUUAAUCAACUUCAGCAGAGACUGCAGGAACUUGAGGAGGAAAGGAUGAAAAAUAAAGCUCUUACAUUCUCACUGGAAACGCAACCCAGUCAUGUGGUCUCAGAGGUUUCCUGUGAAUGGCCCAGCACACUGGAUGCUACCGAAAAGGUCGAGUUUGAUUGGUCAAAGCCUCAAGAUAUUUCCUCUGCUCCGGUGGCCAGUGCUGAAAGUUCAGUGGUUGAGCCUUUUGAAAUGAUGCAUAGAGAUGUUGCCAUGACAAUUAUUGAAGAAACUCCAGCAAAGGCAGAACAGCCACUGGAAACGUUAGUGCGAGAUGUUCUUCUGGCUGACGAUGACUCAGAUGACACUCUGACUACGGCACCCGAACAAAAAUCAGGAGUCUGUGAGGUUUCCAUGACAGUUAAUGAGGAAUUCUUGCCAGAAUCUCCAACUGCAGAACCACCGCUGGUGUCUGCAGUAGGUGAGUACCGGGCUGAAUUCAAAACCGAUGAUCUCCCAGCCACAACAUUAUCUACAACCCCUAAAGAAGAAGAGCCCACUGAUGUCACUGUAUCUGAAACAGAGAUUCAGUCUCUGCAUGCUGAUCUUCAUGUUUUAGAAGCUGUCACAGAGAGAAUAAAACCAUGUGAAGAGUUGGAGGAAAGAGCACUUCCACUGAACACGCCUGUCUCCACAAUCAUGGACCGAGAGAUACCUACAGGACUCACUGAGGAGAUUUCAGAAGUGAUGGACUUUCCAACAGCAGACUGGUCACUGGCAGCCCUGCAUUUCGACUCAAGUGAACUUAAAACUGAUGGUUUGUCUACCACAGCUUUGCCUGUGCGGUCUGACAGAGUACCAGAAGUUGAUGAAUUUGCAAUUGGUCCAGCAGACGGUGAAGGGAAAAUUCAGAUGAAGGGAAGGGAAAAGAUACUACCUGCCUCGUGUGACGAACUCCUUGAUGCCGAGAUAUCCGUGGAAGGAAAACAUAAGGACUCAAUUGGAAGCGACAAGAGGAUGAUAUAUGUUCAGAGUCUUGACGGAGAAUCUGAUGCAGUUGAUGAAGCACAUAGGAAGCGGUCAUUGACUUCUGAUACCUGUGAACUCAUGAGCGAAGAUAGUAAAAUGCCACAAAAGAAAAUAGCUGCACUAAUUCUGGAUGCAGACACAGUACGUAUUCAUACUACUGUGGUCCCUGGCUCAAUUGAGCAUAAUGCAGGGAGAAUUGAUUCCGCUUCAAACACUGGCUAUGAUAUCACUUUGUCUCAACAAAUGGAAAGGUUGGAUACAUCAGAAGAAAUGAGAAAAGAAUUUGGCAGUCUCUCUCCCGAUCAAAAAGAACUGGAAAAUGCUGGGAAUGUUGAUUCCCCUAAAUCAAGUCAACCCUCUGAGGAAAACACUGAUAGAACUCUAUUAAUCUCUGGGCAAACAACUGAGACCCAAAUCUUAACCAGGAACAGUGAACCAAAUACCACACACGUUGAGAGAGAAGGAACCUGGACAACAAACAAUGGUCCACAGGAGGUCCAGAGAGUGAUGGAACCACUUGAACACUGGAAUGUAAAUAAUGGUCCUCGAGAAAUCCAACACAGAUGCAUCAUUCUGGAAAGACAAGGAGGACUAGAGAUACGUCGAGAACCAGUUGCCGAGACAAACGUUCCAGCACUUGAUGCUGCUACAAGUAAACCUGGCAGAGCAGCAACAGACGUUUCCGAACUUGAAGUUGCAGAAAACGUUGAACAAGAAGUUGGUAAAAAAUCAGUUGAAACUGAAGACACACAGAGCGUAGUAUUGAAUGCUGAGAAACAAUCUGAGACAUUAGAGAUCACAAGGACAUUACCAGCUCCACCAGCUAGAAGGAAACUAGAGAGGUUAUCCUUCAGUAGUGAAGACAAGCUAGUGGAUGAAGUGGGUAAAGUAAUUCUGGAAGUUGAGAGCACAAAAACGACAACAGUGAAAGGUGAGACUAAACCAACCCCACCAACCAGACAAUCUAAGGAAAGUGAAAGGUUAUCAGUCAGUUCAGAGGUCCAGUCGGAAGAAUCUUCCCCUAAUCUUCCCAUACCAACCAGUCAACAAUGCAAACAUGAUCGAACCCAAUUACCACCUACAGAGGUUCUUCCAACUCCACCGAACAGAAGACAUAAGGACAAGUUAGGAGAUGAAAGGCUUUCCCUGGAUCUCGAUUCUCCACCCCCACCAGAAAGAAGACAAAAAGAGAAGGCAGAGAAUCAACAUCUUGAACAGGAGAAGGUGAGUAAAACAACAUCUGUCGAGGAACCUCAUGUAAAAUCAACUCCACCGGUCAGGCGAAAAGAAAGUCAGGUUGAAAGUGACAGCACCUCAGUGGUUUCCAAAACCCAAAAAGUGGAGGAGACACUGGUGAAACCCACACCUCCAACAAGAAGGAGAGAUAGCAAAACUUUGACUGACCCGGUGUCUGACAGCAGUGAUUUGGACAAAACAAGGACAAAAGAGAUAGCUGUUGAGGAAUCUCUUGAAAAACCAACUCCACCCGUGAGACGAAAAACAAGCUCAGAUGUAAGUCCCUUCAUCACUCCACUGGUCUCCAAACCCCAAGGAACAGAGGAUUUACUGGUGAAACCCACACCUCCAACAAGGAGAAAAGAUAGCAGAAGUGUAAGAGACACCAUAUCUAAAGAAAUGGAAUGUCAAAUUUCUAAGAGCGCUGAACUGGAAAACACAGUGAUGCAAGGGAGCGCCGUUGAGGAACUUUUUGUAAAACCAACCCCACCAGUAAGACGAAAAGGGAGCCAAAUAAGUCAAAUCCAAGAAAUGGAGGAGAAAUUAGUGAAACCCACACCUCCAACAAGAAGGAGAGAGAGAAAUGUCAGUGAUGGGGCCUAUGAAGAAUUCGCCAGCAAAAUUUCCAGUAGCACUGAUUUGGAGAAGACAGUGACACAAGAGAGAGCUUUUGAGGAGCCAAUUAUUAAAUCGACUCCACCGGUGAGACGAAAAGUGUCAGGUCAAAUUGACAGUGACGUUGUUUCGGUGCGUUCUAAAAUCCAAGAAGUCGGGGAAAAUGUAGUGAAACCCACACCUCCGGCAAGAAGGAGAGAUAGCAGAAAUGUGAGCGACCCGGUAGCCAUCAACAUUUCCAGAAGCGCUGAUUUGGAGAAGACACUUACACAGGAGAAAGCUCUCGCGGAGCCUCUUGUAAAACCAACUCCACCAGGGAGACGAAAAGCAAGUCAAGUUGAAAUCAAUGUUAUCUCAUUUGGGUCAGAAGCCCAAGAAAUAGAGGCUACGCUGUUGAAACCCACACCACCAGUAAGAAGGAGAAGUAGCGGAAAUAUGACUGACACAGUGGUCAGUAGAAUCUCUGGCAGCUGUGAUUUGGAGAAUUCAUCUGUGGUGACACCAGAAAGAGCUGCUGAAGAGACUCUUGUAAAACCAACUCCACCAAUGAGAAGAAAAGCAAGUCAAGCUGAAAGCAACAUUUCCAUUGUUGAUAAAAUCAAAGAAAUGGAGGAGACUUUAGUGAAACCCACACCUCCAUCAAGAAGGAGAGAUAGCAGGAAUGUGAGUGACAUAGUAGCCAUCAAAAUUUCCAGCAGCACUGAUUUGGAGAACUCGUUGACGCAAGAGAAAUCUCUUGAGGAGCCCCUUAUUAAACCAACUCAACCAGUGAGACGAAAAACAAGCCCAGCCGAAAGUGACCGUUCCAUGGUUUUUAAAACCCAAGAAAUGGAGGAGACUUUGGUGGAACCCACACCUCCAACAACAAGGAGAGAUGGCAGAAAUGUGAGUGACUCAGUGGCCUGUAACAUUUUUGUCAGCAGUGAUUUGGAGAAGUCUGUGGCACGAGACAGAGCUGCCGAAGAGGCUCUUGUAAAACCACCUCCACCAGAGGAAUCACUGGUGAAACCCACACCUCCGACACGCAGGAGGGAUAGCAGAAAUGUUGAUGAAAUAGUACCUAGACAAAUAGAGGGUGAAUUUUCAAGUAGCACUGAUUUGGACAAGAUUGCGACACAAGAGAGGGCUGAUGUGCAGGUUCUUGUAAAACCAACUCCUCCGUUGGGACAAGAACUAAGCCAAGCUGAAAGUGAAUCUUCCAUCAUAGAUAAAACCCAAGAAAUAGAGGAGACACCAGUAAAACCUAUGACUCCAACAAGAGGGGGAGACAGCAGAAACGUGAAUGAAAUAGUACCUAAACAAAUAGAGAGUGAAUUCCCAAGUAGCUCCGAUUUGGACGAGACCGUGACACAAGAGAGUGCUGAUGUGGAGGAUCUUAUAAAACCGACUCCUCCGUUGGGACAAGAACUAAGCCAAGCUGAAAGUGACAUUUCUUCAGUGGUUUUCAAACCCCAGGAGCCAAAAGAAGCACUGGUGAAGACCACACCUCCGACAUGCAGGAGAGAUGGCAGAAAUGUGGAUGAAAUAGUACCUCAACAAACAGAGGGUGAAUUUUCAAGUAGCACUGAUUUGGACAAUACCAUGUCACAAGAGAGGGCUGAUGUGGAGUAUCUUGUAAAACCAACUCCUCCAGUGGGACAAGAAGCAAGCCAAGCUGAAAGUGACUCUUCCAUCAUAGAUAAAGCACAAAAAACAGAGGAGACACCGGUAAAACCCACACCUCCAACAAGAAGGAGAGAUAGCAUAAAUGUUCAGGAAGCUGUACCUAAACAAAUGGAGAAUGAAAUUUCCAGCAGUACUGAUUUGGCUAAUACCAUGAUGCAAGAGAGUGCUGAUGUGGAGGAUCUUGUAAAACCGACUCCUCCGGUGGGACGAGAAGCAAGCCAAGCUGAAGGCAACAUUUCUUCAGUGGUUUCCAAACCCCAGGAGCCAAAAGAAGCACCGGUGAAGCUCACACCGCCGACAUGCAGGAGAGAUAGCAGAAAUGUGGAUGAAAUAGUACCUAAACAAACAGAGGGUGAAUUCCCAAGUAGCACUCAUUUGGACAAGACCAUGACACAAGAGAGGGCUGAUGUGGAGGAUCUUAUAAAACCGAGUACUCCAGUGGGGCAAGAAGCAAGCCAAGCUGAAAGCGACGUUUCUUCGGUGGUUUCCAAACCCCAGGAGCCAGAGGAAAUACUGGUGAAGCCCACACCUCCAAUUAGGACAGGUAGCAAAAUUAAGAGUGAUACAGUUACUGAAGCUUCUCAAUCUGAUGUACAGGAGGAGAGUAUGAUUGAACCAACUCUGAGAGAAGAAGAUAGUGAAGUAGAGCGUGAAAGUAUCAAAGUAUCAUCUGUUAGCAUAGAACCUGAAGAAGCUCUACCUAAACCAACCACACCAAUAGGCCAGAAGGAUACAACUACAACUGAUCUUGAUAUCAUUCCAAUUAAAAUAGAAGAGCCACUGAUCCAACCGAUCCCACCAACCGGGAACAUAGAAAAAACGAAGAGUGCUGAGAGCCAACCAAUCAUUAAAGUUGAUCAGCCUGAGAAAGAGCCAUGCGCUGCUCUCUGCAUGGAAUCUACAGAGGGCUUGAGUGGGAUUGAAAGCAUCAGUUUUGCUGAGGCACAAGUACAAGAUGCAGACAAAUCAGAAGUCCCCAGUCAGGAUGCUUCAGUUCCCAAAAGUAUUCACGUGUCCGAGGCGUUAGAAGAAAAAGAAGAAGAAGAACCACUUGGUGCUACGAUGAAUAAUAUUUUCACUGAGAUUGAAAAAAUGUCUAAGACACGACCAAAUAGCCUGCUGAUUGAGAGCAGGCCUUAUGAAGAUCCUCUGGACAUUCUCAACACCUCUGACGCCGACCUUGAGGCCCAGUUGAACAGGUUGGCGUUCUGUAUACUGAGCUGCCGUAACUGUCCUGCAGUGCUCAACCCCACAGAUAUGGCCAAACAAGUAGAAGAGGCUGAGUCUUGCAGACAGAGUGCUCAGAAGCAAGUUUCCUCAAUCUCAAAGCAAGAUCACGUUAACGGUGAUGUUAGCGCUCUUGCCGCUGGCUCAUCCAACGACCCUGAGGCUAUGCAGCGACUGAGCUGCCAGUGGACAGAGGCAUUGUGGGAUGCAUCUGGCACUGUAUACACCAAGGAGGCUCAAUUGCAGCUGGUGAUUGACUAUGACAGACAAAUGGAGAAAGCCAAAGCUACUCUUGAGAAACUGGCAAGCGAACUGGAGUCCUUGAAAAUGUGUCCGGUCGAAAGCAGCUUUGUUGAGGAGCAGAGACUGCGCUCCUUCCUGAGGUCUAUGGAACAGGAGAGGACAGUUCUUGGAGAGCUGAUCCAAAUACAUUCCCAGCUAUCACCGCACCUCAGCCAGCCUGAGGGAGCAGCAGCACAGUCGCAACAGAGCAUCUUGCAGUGCGAAUGGAAGGCGCUGCAGAGAUCUGCUGAGAGAACCUUGCAUAAUGUCAGCGCUUAUACCAGAGAGAGUUUCGACCUUCUAGAGGAUAUCAAUACCUUAAAAGAUCAUAUGGAGAACUUUCAUAAGAUCUUGGGAUCACCUCGGAUUUCAUCUGCUGGUUGGGAUGGCAAGAGAGCGCAAGAGACGAUUAAACUCGGCGCUGAGCUCACAGCUGCCAGACAAAGAUAUUCUGAUCUCCAGCAAAGCUUUGAAGCUUUCUCCCAAGGAUGUCAUUUCGUCAGUGAGGUGUAUAACAUACAGCGGGGCUUAUGGAGUAUCAAAGAUCACCUGGAUCUGAUUGGUGAGGAGUUGGCUUUUUCAAUCCCGACCAGCAACAGCGCAGCUAUGGUCAAAAUCAUCAACGUGAUAACGGAAGCCCUAGCUUGGGCCAAGAAGACGGAGUACGACAUUAAGAAUAGGCAAAGGAAGGUUUCUCUGCUUCCAGAAGAAGUCCAUCGACAAAUCAAGGAUUUGAAGAAGCUGCAUUCAGAGGUGACCUCUAAGCAGAUACAGUUAACCACUCUGACCGAGGAGGUAACCGAGUUGAUCCCGGAUCUUGACGAGCCCGAUGUUCCUGUGGUCACUUCCUUUUUGGAGCUGUUGGCAGGUUUGUCGAAAUCGACAGCAGAAAAACUAGCCACUGCUAUGGAAGAAAUACAGUUGAGUCUUCAGACUCGGGAGAAGAUUUCAGAGCAGAUAGCUGAUGUGGAUUCCUGGAUUCUGUGCCACCUCCAUAAGGAAUCUCUGAUUCGAGAGGAUUUCCAAAGCUUGAGCGCAGCAGAUCUCGAUCGAAGGUUACGGCAGUGUCAGGAUACACUCGGUGAGGCGGAAAAACACUCCGGGAUCGCGGAGGCUUUGCUGAUGAAGAGUAAAGACAUUACCUCUGAGCUUAGUAUCUCUGAGAACGCAUGGCUGUAUGAGAAACUCACCAAGCUUGAGGAAGAUAUAAAGGGCAUCAUCAGUUAUGAGAAAUCCUCCAUCCUGGAGAUAACAGAUAUAUUACAGACCCAGGAGUCAUCAGAACAGAAAAUGGCUUCUUUGGAGCAGAAAUUGAGAGAGAUAAUGAUGGACAUGAAUGGACACACAUUUCCCAUCACUAAGGACACUCUGUCUGCCAUUGAGCCAAUCAAACGCGUGCUCGUAGAGCACAAGUUUCAGGUUGAACAAAUAAACACCUCUGCAGAAGGCAAGAGCAGAGAGCUGCUAUGUGUGAUCUCUGAGCUUCAUCAUAAAAUGAAGGCUUUUCAUAUUAAAUCUCAAAUCCACGAAAGGUUCCUCAGCCUCAAGCAGCGUGCGGAGGAUCUUCGGGAAAACGUCGAGGUCUACGUCCCAAAGACGACAGAUGAAAGCAUUGGCAAAGAGGAACGCUAUAAGAUCUGUCAGUCUCUUCUUAUCCAGAUUCCUCUAAUCAAACUUAUGUACAAGGAGGCAUCAGAUGAACUUACAAACAUCUCAAAGGACCUUUAUCCGGCUCAGCUAACUACCGAACAAGAGAGGCUCAAACAAAACCUUGACAGUCUUAACGCUUGGGAGACGGCUAUCCGAAAUAACCUUCACAUUGUGGAAUGGGACAUUCUGAAAGAAAUAAAUUACCUCUCGGAGCAAAGAGUGGUACGCCGUUUGCUCAAAGAGGUUAAUCAGGUGCUGGAGAAGACUUAUGAGGUGGAGUCUAACCAGGGAGCCGUUGAAGACGAGCUCAGAAAGUUCCUUAAAGUUAAGAAGAACAUUGAAGCUAGAAUGCGGGUUCUGGAGGUUUUGGAAAUCAGAAACGGACACCAGCAGGGCUCUCGACAUGCUAAGGACAUUGCAGACUUGGCUAAAAUGGUCUUAGACAACUGUGAACGAAGAUUGGUGGACCUGUCCAAAGCAAAGGAGUCAUUGAAAAACUAUUCUAGAGGAGUCAGAAGUGCUGGUGAGUUCCUCCAGAGGACUGAAUCCGCUCUUCUCCCGUCUCUCUGCUCACCGAGGAGCUGUUCAGAAAGGCUGAAGGACGUCCAACACGCCCUGUUAACUUCGCACAAAGAGUUCCAAUCCCAUCUUGCCGAAAUUCAGACUCUUGCGCCCUUCAGUCCCUUAUUUUCAGUGCAGAAGGUAGAAGAAUUACAAGUUAAGAUUCUAGGUUGCCUCUUGGUUCGGAUGUCCACUCUUAAAGCCCAGGCCCAGCUGAGACUGGAAGCUUUAGAGAGGUGUGUUAACAGCCAGAGAAACACCCGUGUGCGCUACGAAGAGCUGUGCCGACGUGUCCGGGACUCAGAAACAACCCUGGCGGAGUGCGCCUCUAAAAAAAUCACCUCUCAGACGGACUGCCGUGACCAGCAAGAGAAACUUAGAACACUGGUUAAAGAGAUCGACACUCUGCCUGGCAAACUGGAUGAGCUGAGAGAGUGGUGUCCAGUACAGGGUUGCCGUGGCAACAGGGACGAUGCUGUAAACUCCCUCUGGGGUCAGGCGGCCAGACUGCGGCAAUGCGCCAGAGAUCUGCUCGCACACUCGGUGUGGAGGGGAGAGGAAUGGAUACGCAUCGGGAAGAGUAUGGAGGAAGCAUCGUCUGUCCUGGAGCAGAUGGAGGCUGAGUUGCCAGAGAGCAGCAGAGAGAAAGCUACUGCUGAGGAGCUUCAGGAACUGCUGCAGUUUUGGUCACCAUACCAGGACAGACUGGACUGCGAGCAUCGAGCUCUGUCUGCACUGGAACUGCGAGUCGCUAGGCUUCUGAGAGUCCCCUCCCACUUGGAACAAGCCCCGCCCAUUCCACUGUGCCAGGAGCUGCAAACCAUGCAAGAGCGCUAUCACAGACUAAAGUCCAGGAGUACCCAGGGCCGUAAGGUAGUUCAGGCGGAGAUGGAAGAGAGGACGAAGGUGUGUGAGGAGCUGCAGGGGAUCCGGAAAUGGCUCGUAGCUGCAGGGACUGUGCUGUCAGAGCUGGAGCAAGCGCCCGGCACAGAACGGCUCCAGGAGCUUCAUUCUGAACUGUGUACCCAGAAGGCUUUGCUGCAGCGCAUCAUGGAGGGCCUUAGGAUGAAAUAUUCAGAUAUGUACACUCUGGUUCCCGUGGAGAUAGACGGCCCAUUACAGGAAGUCUCUCUCUCACUACAGGAAGUGGUAAAGCAGGUGGAGGUGGCCGUGCAGAAGAGUGGGCCGUUACACAGGCUAGAUGCUCAACUUUCAGAGAUCAACACAGGUCUGGAUGGCGUACAGGGCAGACUAAAUAAAAAGUGUCCUAACGUCGCUGAAGCCGAGAGCGUACAGAAGCGUGUGUGGGACGAGUUGGACGGCUUACGUUCGCGUCUCGCAGCGGUCGAGGUGGAGCUCCAGGCCUUCAGUGAGGGGAAACCGGAGGAGGCGCAGGCUCUCGCGGAGAAACUUUCUCAGACCCAGCAACUGCGCACACGCCUUUCCAAACAAGCCGAGGACAGAACAGCCUUCCUCGACAAGAUACAUGGUUGGCUGCAGGAGCAUGAGGAGAUGGUGAAAGGAUCUGAGAGCUGGAUUACUGAAUCUCAGUCAUGGUUGACCGCACCAUACACCUACACUACUGCGAAAUGUCUGGACAGCCAUGUUAACGCACUGCAGUUGGUUCUUGACGACUCGGAGCAGAUUCGCCGGACUUUACAGGGAUUUGAGAGCGUGUUGAAGGAGAUGGCGAGUGUGUGUGAUGUGAGCGGUCUUCAGCAGGAGCUGUGUGAAGCGGACCGGCGCGUAGCGGACAUGCAGAGCGGCCUGCUGGAGCCUCUAAAAACGUUAGAGCAUGCUGCAGCUGAAGUGGAUUCCAUGGAGUCUGAGCUGAGGAUCAUGGAGAAGGACGUGACUGAGCUCAGAUCAGCGCUCACGUCAAAGCAAGGCAUCAGCCAGGACAAAUUCAGGGCUGCUGAAAACAGGAUCGAGCUGAUGAAGAGGACCGUGGACGAACUGAAGAGCUGCAAGGCCGGACUGCGUUUGCCAGAAGGAGCAGAAAACACACUCGCUGUGUUCAGUAACGCUGACUCACUACUGAAUAAACUGUUGGAGCUAGAGCAGCUGGCGCUGGAGCACGCCGUUGUGGUAUCAGAGCCGUGCGAGACGUCCUCCACGCUCCGCGUUCCUCCUACCAUCACAGAAGAAGAGCCUCAGGACAGUGUUUUGGAUCAGGGGCAGGUGGAGAUUGCCCGCAUUACGGAGGACGUGUUGAUGCGAUCUGGAGCCAUGCUGAUGACCAUAAAGGAAGCGACGCUGGAGCAGAGACUCGAAUCACCAGCUCACACACAGCAGCUAGGGUGUGAUGAAGAGGAGGAGGAGGAGGAAAUAUAUGUGGAUGUAAGAGAAGACAUUGAUGAUGAUUGCUAUGAAGAUGCAAGAGAAGACAGUGCAGGGGUGAGAGGAUCUCCUGGCGCUGCAGGCUGUGAGAGAGCGAUGAGUUGUGACAUGGAGGGCACAGAGAGCGGAGGACCGACUGCUGCUGCUGACUCGGCAGAGCGGGAUAGGAACGAAUCGGACACAGAGGCGGGCGAAGGCGAGCGUGUCACCCAGGAGCCGAGCGAUCCCGAAGCCUCGUCUAAACCGGCGGCCACUGUGAGAACGCAAUCUCCCCCCAGAGAGCUGGAGCGUGGUGCGUGGAAGGCGAAGCAAAUCGAGUCAGAGAGGCUGAAGACACACACCUGCAGCACACCGUCCAUGUUUAGAGAGGUCACACACACACACGUAGAAACCACAGACUCUCAGGAAACCGUAACUCCACUCCAGGUCAUGAACAAUUCAGCCGAGGAGGCGUUAAGGCGAGAGGAGUUAACGUCUCCUGUCUCGGGCUCCAAAGAUACACACGGUGUUAUAAAGUCAGAUCAGGGGCCACAGACGCCAGUCCUUUCUGCUCCGUCGUUAAAGCCGACGUUUACACGGCGUCGUGAGAAGACGGCCGACAACCUGGUAAGCAGGUGUCUUCGUUCUCAGUGUGUAGUCCCCAGAAUCUCACCCCGUGUAUCUCCUCCAAAACCUACCAUACUCACAUGUUCAACUCACAUGCUAACACUUUACAACCCUGUACGAGGUCAAAGUGUGAACUACUCCACUAUGUGGAAUCGGUUAUGGCCUCGCGUCGGAAAUAUCUCACAGCGGCACCGCUGUAAAUGUCAGGAACCUUUUCGUCGUUACGGCCGGGUCUUCUGUCUUAGAGCUCGAGCUUCUGAGAAGGCUGCAGGUGGAUCCUGUCACUUGGGUAAAACUCCUCCCCCGGAUGGAUCGCUCCAUUCCUGCCAUGAGCGAGCCACGCAGAUGGAGCUCUGGCUGGAAAAGGCCCAGCUGAGUCUGCACAGCGACGUGCAGCACAGCGUAGAGGAACAGCUGCACACCUGCCAGGAGAUGUUUAUGGAGAUUGAGCAGAAGGUGGCCAGUGUGUCUGCACCAGGUCAUGAUGAAGAGGAGCAGAAAGCACUCCGCGCCAAACUGCAGCUCCUGAAGAACAGGCUGGUGACCUUUCAGCUCCUGCUGCAGGAGAGACACAGCGAGGAGAAGGUGUGUGCGGAGAGAGAGCGCCCCCUGCAGGCUCGGCUAAAGCGCAGCGCCAGUGUGCAAGAGAUGCUGAGCUCAAGGAGGGUCAAACUCUUCAGACAGAGCAGCCUGCAACAGCAGAAGGAGUUGGAGCAGGGUCUAAUCGAACAGAGAGAUCUGAUGAAGGUCAUUGCAGCACGGGGAAGCAGAGUCAGACUGCAAAGUCAAACUGCAGAGGAACACAUGAGGCUCCUUGUACCUGCAGUAGCGUUGACAGUGGAGGAGCAGAGACAGGAAGGGGCGGAGUCAGUGCACAGGAAGUGGACUCACCUCCACAGGAGACUCAGCCAGAGAGCAGAAGAGCACCAGGAAGAGGAGAUAUCUCCUCCACCUGUCUGUGUAUGGAGCAGCACUGAUGGAGCUGCGUGUCUACAGGAGCUCCACUCCCACCUCACACACCUGCGAGAGCUGGGACACACAGCAACGUCAGCACCUGACGUGCAGGCGGUGGAUGAGGGUUUGUUUGAGGUGCUGAGUGGAAUCACACUCUCUCUCUCCACUCUCUCUCACACACUCGUCUCUCAGCCAGGAGGGUUACACACCGACGCACACACCCAGCAGCUACAGAGUCUGUCUGCAGAGCUCAGCUCUCUGAGUGCCGAGUUGACCUCUCAGGGGUCAGAGGUCGUCAGGUCGUUAGGUUCCGUGGCUCCUGCAGCCGGUGUGUGUGUGGAUCUGCUGCAGGACCGUGUGUGCGAGCUCCAGAACGUUCUCUCAGAGAAACAGAAGCAGCUGCAGAAACAGCUGGAUCAUACUCUGCAGAAAGAGAGCAGGAUUAAACACAUGCAUGCUGCCUUGCUUGCUAACACCUCAACCCUGAAAACACUGACUAAUGACGAUUCACGCUGCCAUCCUCAUGCACAGCUACAGGCUGUUGCCGGGUUACAGCAGGAGCUUCAGCAGCGAGAGAGAGAGCUGGCCGAGCUGAGAGACGAGACAGAGGGACAGGGACGAGUGACGGGGUUAACGCUGGACUUCACCACGCUGGAGAGUGUGUUGGACAGCGUGUACGGCGGUGUGGCUCAGCGUGCUGCUGAUCUGCAGUGCAGUGUGGAGCAGCAGCAGCAGUGUGAGCGCGUACUGAAAGGACUGCAGGACCUGCUGGAGCUCGGCAAACAGAGACUCACACACACCACACAACUGGAGCCACACACCACGGAACAGCUACACACACUCCUCAGCACACACACGAAGUUCUUCCUGUCUCUGGACUCUCACCUGCAAGCUCUGCAGCGUCUGACUGCCCGGAUGCCCAAUGGCGCCCUCUGUAGGUGGGGCACUGCUUUGUCAGAGGUAGAGGAUCAGGUGGAUCAGCUUCAGUGUCAGGCUCAGAAGACUGGAACUGCUUUGCAGGUGACACUACAGGUGUGGACUCAGUGGGAGGAGGGUCAGUCCUGGUUGGAGAACCUUCUCCAAGGUCUGGAACAUCGGCUUCCCAGCAUGCACUCGGAGGAGCAAACGGAGGAGGCGCUACAGAGGAGUCUCUCGACCUAUGAAACACUGCAGGCGACUCUGGAGGCGAAUGGUGCGCAGAUCGGUCUGGUUUUAGAUCAGGCCAGCAGAUUGCGGAAAGUGGGCGUGUCCGGUCACUCCAUGGAUGGUCUUGUGUGCAGAGUGGGCGUGGCUAAUCUGAGGCUUAAACGGCAUUUAGCUGCUCUGCGAAGGAAAAUGGAAAACGGACGAGACUCCGCCCACCACCUGAUAAAACUCUGGAAGAGGUAUCGUCGUGACUCCACAGCGAUGACGGAGUGGAUGAACAGAGCCAGAGAACGUCUGAACGGCUGGAAAGGUCACAUGACCACCUCUGGGCAAGUCAUCUCUGACCUCGACGAGUUUAUGGAGCUGUGUAAAGAGAUGGAGGUAAAAUCAGCGCUGAAGGCUUCGGUGAUCGGCGCCAGCACUGAGAUCCUGGUGCUAAGCGAGAGAGAACACGCAGACACACACAUGCCAUCAUCCGGAUCCACUCAUCAUAACUCGCAGUCAGAAGAGAAGGCCACUUGCGGAGAUGUUUCUUCAGUUAAGGAUGAUCCCACUGCCGAAGUUAAGGAAGAAGAUUCCUCGAACAACGAAGCUCUCCCUCCUGAAAGCACACGCUCGGACCUAUGGAAUGGGGGAGAUGCUAAUGUGCAGGAUGAGUCUCCUGGCGAAAUGUUUGAAGCCGGCAGCUCGUCUGACGUUCCUCCGAAUGGAAACGCUUCCGUGAAGAUGUCAGAGGGUGCCAGCAAUGUGGUCCAGGUGACGGCGUUGCCUCCUGUCCUGCUCGCUCUGAAAGAUCACCUGACUGAGGUGGAGCAUAGCUGGGUGGAGCUGCAUGCCGACAUCGCUGCAGUACAACAGAAGCUACAUCAGCGCGUGGUGGAGAGUGUGUGUCCUCAGUCCCUGCUCUCGGAGGUGUGCAAAUGGAUCAGUGGAGCUGAAGGAAGUCUGCAGGACGCAGAGAAAAACGUCCGGUCUUCAAACACAGCAGCACAGCUCACGCACCAACUCGACACGUACAAGAAGCUGAAACGAUCACAGGUGUGUGUGCAGAUGUCAGUGGACUUCCUGAACCGGACGCUGCUGAAACACAUCGAGCCGUACCUCAGGUACAAACACACAGCAUUCGCCGAACAGCUCGGGGAGAUGAACCUGCGCUGGACCACGCUGCAAACACACCUCUACACACAGACGCGGUAUGUCGAGCAGCAGCUGAGCGUCUGCGCAGAUCGAGACGGCAAACUGCGACUCCUGCAUGCCUGGGUCAAAGGUCGCGAGGCAUGGAUGCGACUGGCUGAGAGGCCCGUCAGUCAAAGCGCAGCAGAAAAGCACCUGAAAGAUUGCGAGGAAUUGGAGGAGGAGCUAAAGGCCAAGACCGCUAAGCUGAACGAGUUGAGGAAGACGAGGCUGAGCGACGAUGAAGAACACACAGAGACAGGCUUUAUCAGUCACGUUAACACCACCUCCCAGGCAUUAACCGCUUUAACUGAGCAGAACUGCGCUCUGAAACAAACUCUGCAGCACGCAGGGGAUUCGUGGGCGGCGUUCGAAAGUGGGCGGAGUCAAGUUGCUCAAAGCACCUUGGAAAUAUGUCAGUCCCUUGUACGUUGCCACGCCCCUCACACCUCCUGCACAGCGCUCCAGAAGAGCAUCGAUAAGCUACAGGCAUUGCAAUGCGAAUCUGAGGAGGUAGACACAAAGUGGGAGGAGCUUAACCAGGCAUUCUCCAGUCUUAAUGGUUGGAUCCAUACAGGCACCUCCCACUUAUUAUCUGAACAGCUGGAGAAGGAGAGAUUACGGUGGUCUGAGGUGAAGCAAGAUCUCACACACACCUCAGUGAGGUUACACUCUCUGCUGCAGGCGUGGAAACGGUACUCGGAUUUGUUGUCUUCCUGCUCAGAGAAGCUACAACAGGAGAAGGAUCGACUCCGUGACGUCUCGAAGACGGCGUCCGAGCACCACCACGACACGGAAACCCUCGCGACCUGUAUACAGCGUUUACACGACCUGCUGGAGAACACAGGCACUCUCCGGACGGACUCGGAACGAGCGCUCGAGGCUUCCAGAGAGCUGAUCGGACAGACGGAGCCGACUGUAGCCGCCUUCGUCCAGUCAGAGUGUCGGAUGCUGAUACGUGGGCUUCAUCAGUUCGAGCAGGCCGUGAAGAGGAAGCUGGGAGAGAUGCAGGAGGACGUCAGGCAGCUUCAGGAGUUCGAGCAGCUACUGGAAUCGCUAGAGACGCACUUAAAGGAGUGGACGAGCCGCCAGAGACUCACAGACACAGACGUAUCAAAGUCUGAUCCGCUGGAGUUGAGCCAUCGCUCAGCUGAUGUGGAGAUGCUGAAUGAGCUCAGUUACAGGUUGACCUUGAGUGACCCCGUGACCCGGAGACUGCAGAGCCUGAACAGGAAGUGGGCUCAGGCAUCUGCACACGCUCAGGAUAGAUGCAGUGAGCUGCAGGGCGUGUCUCUCCAGCAGCAGGUGUUUGAGGAGAGGUGUGAGACGUGGAUGUCGUUCCUGCAGAGGAUGGAGGACAGUCUAGCGGGAGAGAUAGCAUCCACUUACCCCGGUCUCCGAGAGCAGCUACGCACACACCAGAGGUUCCAGGCCGAGCUGUCUCUCGGCCAUCAGAUUCUACACUCGGUGAUCACAGAGGCUCUGCACCUGUUACAGAGGGGAGAGGUGGAGGACAGGAGUGAUUUCCUGUUGAAGCUGGCUCAGCUCAGAGAGCACUGGCAGGGCGCUGUACAGAGAGCGGCUCAGCGGCGCACCCUGGUGGACGGGCUGAUACGCCACUGGCACCUUUACACACACACACUGCGCAAACUCAAUACACUGCUCACACUCGCGCAUACACUCCUGUCUCCGGCCAGCCUCACGCACUACAGCGUGACACAGCUCCGCCGAUCACUCAAACAGCUUGAGCACACCGAACUUCUCUUCCAAAGGUCCCACUCCUCCUACCUGCUCCUGUUGGACGUGGGUCGUCAGCUCUUCUCCGUCAGCGAUGAGGAAACACAGACGAGGCUACAGACGGACCUCGCCACCCUGCAGGAGGACUGGGAGCGCUCCCAGUGCAUGCUGGGUAAAAGGAGGACUCUCACUGUCGGCGUCAUCAAGACGUGGGAGAGCUGUACGAGCCGGCUAGCCGAUCUGGCACAGCGUCUGGAGGAACUCAAGGUCAGACUGAAAAAGCAGCCGAUCCAGGAGAUGGAGGAAGUGCUGAUUAAGGAGCUGCAGGACUCUCUGGAGGACUGGGCUGUGAGUCUGUGUGAAGCGAGCAGCAUGAAGACGGACGUGUCUCAGUACAUCAUCACCGAGGACGUGCUGAUGCUACAGGAGCAAGAGGAGCAUCUGCACAGCCAGUGGGAGGAACUGUGCCUUAAGGUGUCGCUGCGUAAACAGGAGAUUGCUGACCGGCUGAAUGCGUGGAUCAUCUUCAAUGAGAAGAACAAGGAGCUGUGUGAGUGGCUUACGCAGAUGGAGAACAAGAUGGCGCACAGUGCCGAGCUCAGCAUCGAGGAGAUGGUGGAGAAGCUGAAGAAGGACUGCAUGGAGGAGAUCAACCUGUUCAGUGAGAACAAGACUCACCUGAAGCAGCUGGGAGAGCAGCUCAUCACGGCCAGCAACAAGACCAAGGAGAGCGAGAUCAAUGACAAGAUCAAGGGCAUCAACGAACGCUGGCAGCACCUGUUCAACCACAUCGAGGCCAGGGUGAGGAAGCUGAAGGAGACUCUGGUGAUGGUGCAGCAGCUGGACAAGAACAUGAGCAACCUGCGUACGUGGCUGUCGCGUAUCGAGGGGGAGCUCACCAAACCCAUCGUGUUCGGAGUGUGUCACGAUGACGAAAUCCAGUGCAAACUCACCGAACACCAGGAGCUGCAGAAGGACAUCGAGCAACACACGGAGGGCGUGGCGUCGGUGCUCACGCUGUGCGACAUGUUACUGCACGACGCCGACGCCUGCAGCAGCGACGUGGAGAAUGACUCCAUCCAACAGACCACACACAGCCUGGACCGCCGCUGGAGAAACAUCUGCGCCUUGUCCAUGGAGAGGAGGAUGAAGAUCGAGGAGACAUGGCGUCUCUGGUGUAAGUUUCUGGAAGAUUACUCCGCUUUCGAGGACUGGCUGAGCACCGCAGAGCGCAAGGCGGCGAACCCGGCCAGCACAGACGUCCUCUACACAUGCGCCAAGGAGGAGCUCAAAAAGUUCGAGGCGUUCCAACGGCAGGUUCACGAGCGCCUGACGCAGCUGGAGCUGGUGAACAAACAGUACCGCCGCCUGGCCCGUGAGAACCGCACGGACGCCGCCUGCAAACUAAAGACGAUGGUGAACGAAGGGAACCGGCGCUGGGACGAGCUGCACAGGAGAGUCGGCGCCAUCAUCCGCAGACUCAAGCACUUCACGUCUCAGAGGGAGGAGUUUGAGGGGACGAGGGACGCCGUUCUGGUGUGGCUCACUGAGAUGGACCUGCAGCUCACCAACGUCGAGCACUUCUCUGAAAGUGACGUCCACGACAAGAUGAGACAACUCAAAGCGUUCCAGCAGGAGAUCACGCUCAACACCAAUAAGAUCGAUUCUCUGAUCGUGUUUGGAGAGAAACUGAUCCAGAAGAGUUCGCCGCUGGAUGCUGUGCUGAUCGAGGACGAGCUGGAGGAGUUGCACUCUUACUGCCAGGAGGUGUUCAGCCGAGUCGCACGCUUCCACCAUCGCCUCGUCUACACGCGACCGGUCUUGGACGACGAGCGCGAUUUCUCAGACAGAGACCCGGAUAUGGAGGACUCGUUAGAGCUGUCCGGCGUGUGGGAGAGAGACGAGGACGCGGUGACGCUGGUGUCCGUCCAGCCCUCGGCGUGUCUCCUGCUGCCUCCUUCACUGGAGCCGUCUGGCCGAGAGACGCCGGUCAGCGUGGACUCCAUACCGCUGGAGUGGGACCACACGGUGGACGUGGGCGGAUCUUCAUCGCCCGAGGACGAAGACGAGGCCACGUACUACAGCGCGCUCUCAGAUGUAGAGGUCACUGAGAGCUCCGAGUCCUUUAUUAAAGCUACAGCUCGAGCUCUGAGUGCUGUGUCUGGUAGGCUCCAGCCUGCUGCAUGCUACACACACACACACGUGCUUCCGAGUGUUAGGCAUGAAUUAUGUCUGAAUUGUAACCUGCAAGCCCUCAGUGUAUCCUGUUUAAGUUGUUACUUUAAUAAUAGAGUCAAUCUGCCAAGGUGCUUCUAUAGUUUAGAGCACUGUGCUCUUGGUGCAAGACUAGGAAACCUCUGGGCUGAUCGACUCGACUGUGUGACGGAGCCCAGCUGGCAGGACAGGAAACGCAUCAUCCACAGCCUGGCCUCCACCCCUACACACACGGGUGCUUCUUAUCAUCCUGAGGGAUAUGCUAAGCUCAUGUCUGAGUGCACGGAGAGCAUAGACGACCUGAAGCGAGUCGAGCACAUCCUGAGCCGCGAUGAGAUGCUUGACUGUGAGGGUCUGACUGUACUUUCGUCUGCAGACAGACAGACAGGUGUGUGUCUCAAGCCAUUUCAGUAGAAAUCUGUGAUUGAGAGAUGGGAGAUCCUCCAGGCUCACGGUGCUCAGCGCAAGCUGACCUCUGACCUCGGGGAGCUCACGACCUGGCUCGACUGUGUGCUUCCAGAACUGGAGAGGCUUCAGAGAGGGAAGGAUGACCGCCCAAGCAUUCAAGAUGUGGAGAGCAGCAUCCGCAGGCUCAAGGAGAUCCAGAGGACAUUCUGUAGCUACAAGGCUCUGAUGAUUGGUGUGAACCUGAAUGGGCGGAGCCUCCCCCAAGGAGAAAUGCAGAAGGAGCUGCAGGCAGCCAAUCAGAAAUGGGCACUUGCCUGUGCUGUGCUGGACUCCUGGGAGAACCGAUUGCACCUUGAGCUCUUGCAGUGUCAGGAGUUCCAUGAGACACUGCACUCUCUAUUGCUGUGGUUGGCUCGAGCGGAGAGCCAGCGCUACAUGGUGAACAUUCAUGACCUUGAUGUGGAUGUUGAUGUACUGCAGGAGCACAGAGAUUCACUUGAGGCAGUGCAGCACGAGCUCCUGGCCAGGGAAACAGAAGUGCAGUCACUGCAGCAGAUCUCCUCCCAUGUCCUGCAUGUGCAUCAGGGUGAGGAGAGCAUGGAAGCCAAAGAGAAGGUGCACGUCAUUAACAACAAGCUCCGCCUCCUUCUCAGACAGAUCAGCCAUGACCUCAACACUCUGGACACCAGACUGAAGAGCGAAGGUUCUUCAGCAGACUGUCAGUCACUAACAGACAAGGAGCCGGGAGCUGUCAAGAGAAGACCUUCUGCGAGCGCUAAAGAAGUUUCUGGAGGCAGGCGGUUCCUGUACCGGGUUCUGCGAGCUGCGUUUCCCCUGCACCUGCUCUUCCUGCUGCUGUUGGCGCUGACCUGCCUGGUUCCGGCGUCCGAGGACGAUUACAGCUGUGCCCUCUCCAACAACUUCGCCCGCUCCUUCUACCCCAUGCUGCGCUACACCAAUGGCCCUCCUCCUACAUGAGCUGCCACCAACCCUUGUGAUCUUUAACAUCUCUGCACUGUUCAGUCAUUUUGUGAGUCACCAUACACAAAAAAACAAUUUACACAGACACACAUGGGUUUAAACUAAGAAGAAGGAAAUUUUUUUUUUCCUAUUUUCAAAAAGAACCAAUUAAAAAAAAACACAUUGUCCUGGUGUCGCUCAGUGUGGAGGCCCUGUGGGAUUUAAACACAACCUCACCGUCGCUAACCUUGUUAUCGUAUCAUCUUUAAUCACAGAAGCCAUUAAAUUAACGUCGCAUCGAUUUUCAGUUUGACGAGUGAUAUUUUAAAAUCCUGUACAAACUCCUGACUUGGCCUACUGUGUGGAAUAAUCCACACACGAGGGUCGUCGUUAAACUGUCUGCUUGUUAUAGAGUUAUUUAACAAUAAUUCAAAAAUUAUUAUAUUUUAUUUAUUCCUGGCACCUAACAAAAGCCAUAGUACAGACGCACACAUGAAGAGAGUGUUAUUUAUGUUCACGAUGUAUAGUUUAAAGUCGAUUUGUACUUCUUGACAAAUAAAGCGGUUUGCCUGAA